AUGUACCUUGCUCCCCUCAGCGCGGGCCACUUAGCCGGUAGUGUUGUUGUUGUUGCUGUUUGUUCUGUAAAAUGGCUCGUACUAAACAAACCGCUCGCAAAUCUACCGGUGGCAAGGCCCCGCGUAAACAGCUCGCCACUAAAGCUGCGCGCAAGAGCGCACCGGCAACGGGCGGUGUUAAGAAACCCCAUCGCUACAGGCCCGGCACCGUCGCUCUCCGUGAGAUCCGUCGCUACCAAAAAGAGUACCGAGCUCCUGAUUCGCAAGCUUCCCUUCCAGCGGUUGGUCCGCGAGAUCGCACAGGACUUCAAGACCGAUCUUCGAUUCCAGAGCUCCGCCGUGAUGGCCCUGCAGGAAGCUAGCGAGGCUUACCUCGUCGGUCUCUUCGAGGACACGAACUUGUGCGCGAUUCACGCCAAGCGCGUCACCAUUAUGCCAAAAGACAUUCAAUUGGCACGUAGAAUUCGCGGUGAACGCGCU